AUCUUGUGGAAGGAGGUGGAAGCAGCAACCUCUCAAAAUUUGUAAAAUCAAAUCAUAUCAAAACUAACGCCCGAUUAGCCUUCCAAACUCAACCUCCAUUGAUUGAAGCUCCCGUCUGAGUCUUAUUUUAUCAGAUUGCUUCUUCGUCGUCGUAUCUACCCUCCCUACCUUGCUCUGCUUCUCGGCCUCUUGAAUGUUUCAUCCUUUCCUUCCUUCCCACCAAACACGACUAUUGAUACUAAUGUGAGUUAUUCUCACUCUCUUUCUCACCCACAAUUGGAAUCAAUUCCUAAUUUCCUUAGAGAAUAUUCUUCUGUUUUAAUAAUUCCCAAUUCCCUCCCUACCUUUCGUCCCCUCAUCCGAGGCUAAGGUUUUUCAGAUGGAAACUUUUGCGGUUUCCGAUUCCCGUUCCGUUCCCGUUCUUCUUCCUUUCUUUUCUCUCUUCCUACUCUCCUACCUCAUCGCUUAUUUCAUCGUAUUCCGUAACUGGAGCCCUAAGAUCCGACCCGAAGCUUCUAGCUGCUUUAUUUCUCUUCUUCACGGCACCCCCGCCGUGGCCCUAGCUACCAUCGCCAUCCUCUCCGACUCAAACCGCGGCUUCGAUGGUUUGAACACCACGUUUCAGAAGAUGGUUCUCGAUUACAGCAUCGCUUACUUUCUCAUGGAUCUUCUGCACUACAUUGUCUUCUUCCCUAGCGAUGUAUUAUUCAUAGGUCACCACCUGGCCACCCUCUUCGUCAUUUGCACAUGCCGCUAUGUCGUCUCGCACGGGGCUUUCGCAAUUCUCUUCCUUUUGAUUCUCGCCGAGGUGACCAGUUUGUGCCAGAACGUGUGGACGCUAGCCGGUGCGCUGAAGAGCGACGUUCAGAUUGCAGCUAAGGUGUAUGAUCUUUUGUCUCCUCCAUUUUAUAUUUUGUAUUCGCUGGUUAGGGGUUUUGCUGGCCCCUAUUUUAUCUUUAGAAUGGUAGUGUUCUAUGCGAGCGGGCUUGUCGAUGGUCUAAUACCAAAGUGGGUUUGGAUUUCUUGGGUAGGCGUGGUGUUGACGGCUAUUGGUGUGAGCAUUAUGUGGAUUUCGAAUCUUUGGAUUGAACUUUAUAGGGAAAGAACCAGAAAAUUAGAGGAGAAAAUAAGAUAGGGCUAUACAGCAGCGUCUGAAUAUCUGUAACUCUGUUUUUCAGUUAUUAUUGGUACUGAUUAUAAAAUACCACAAUUUGGAUCCAAUUCCUUCUUGUUCCUCCUUUGGGUACUGGGGAUGGUUGGCUCUAGUGUAACUAAGAACUGGGAAAGGGUGUGAUGGGAAGUUCAAGGUUUUUCAUGCUGUUCCAGAACACCUUUUAUGUGUUUUUUUUUUUUGGGUAUAAUUUCUUUCUAUGAAUAAAGAUAUAUAAUCGAAUUCACAGGAGUUUAUUUAACAA